AUGGAGUCUGUAGUUGCGCGGCUUGCCCGAGAACGGGAGAAGCAGAGGAAUCAGGACGGGGUGCUCCUCAGUACCCUCAAUCAGCCCGGGAGCGACAGCUUUACUUUCUCGGGUAGUUCUGCAGAGCUUGCGUCGACGCCAACCCUGAAUGAUGGACACGGAUUUGAUCGGAGUUUCGACCUAGAUGCAGAAUUCGGCCUUAGAAACGGGAAUGCAUUCAUCAAUGCCUUGAACUUCGAUCCGGAUUUCGGAAAUGGAAACCCGAAUGGCCAUUUCGUAUAUAACGGGCAGGGAGACGGCUCUCGACGAACCCAGCCCCAGAAUUUGCUGGGACAGGAAACGGCGAACGGAAUAUCGGCUUCUUCGUCCAUGUUCGAUUCUCGCCCAUUCCUUCCGACGGACCAGCAACCUCAGCAAUCAAGAAACAUACACGGAUUAGGCGAGGUCUGCGCUCCAGCCGCCAUGGACUCAGAGGAGCAUUGCAAGACACUCAGUCCCUUGCUUUCACAGCUGUUCAACAACGAGAUGUUUACACAGAGCAAACCCUGUGCUUCGUCAAUCCUGGCCGAAAGGGUUGAGUUCAUGAGCUUUUCCGAUACCGCCAACAACUCUGAUACUUCGGAUGCCGAUAAAUUACUGUCCACAAUCUCCUCCGAGCCGUAUGUGCUCGAGGUGCUGGAUAUUUCCAUCAAGUGGUGGAUUGCAUGGAGAGACCAGGCAUCGGCACUGCAGGAUGUCUCCCCCUUUUUGAGGGAUGAACAGCACCAGACACAGGUUCAUGGCAGUUCGAUGUUUCAAUAUGGAGUGCCUCCCACAGGACCCGGAGCUGACGCCUCUUCGUUCUCUUCAACGACACCAAGUUCAGCUAUAAGGUCCGGUACGACAAGCCAACCUAACGAGCCCCCAUCCUUCCGGGAUUUUGUGCUCACCAAAUUGUCUCGCACACAAGAACCUGUAUCGCUUGCCACAGGCUUACUUUGCAUUGCGCUGUCCCUCUACCAACUGCGCCCCGGGGUUGACGACCAGAAAUUGAAUCUCUCGACAUCUCCUUCCGAACUCGCCGACCGAAUAGUGCUGGCCGUGGACACCAUCGUUAUCUGUACCCCGUCGCAGUAUAAGCACACGCGUGACCCCAGUAUCCUCUUGCUCCUGAUGAUACGUGCAAAGAUGUACGCUGAGAGCAAUCAACUGCGCAAGUCCUGGUUGUGCAUUCGCAGAGCUUUGGAGAUCGCCAAGGAUACCGGGUUCGCGGAGCCGAAGCUACCGUGCGACGUUGCCCAGUUUGCGCCAAAGGUGUGUGGGUGGGAACUGACGAAGCUCUUCCACCGACAACGCUUUGUCGGCUCGAUCAUGGAGCUCGAUCGACUUAUGAGCAUGGUCCUGGGCUUCCCGCAUGCAGAGGAUGUCAAAUUUACAGAUCGUCUGGCGAUGGCCGUGUUGAAGGGCGAGACGGCCAGUCAGGGCGGAGCGUCGGUGUCAAUGCAUAUCCGAAUGCGUGCUUUCAGGCGGGUGGUCUCUAUUGCCGCAGGCCGUGUGAACGAUCGCAACGCCAGUUCUGAUUCGGACCGGGUCAAGCUGCAGACUACAAUGGACAUCCAAGCAACAUUGAACGAAAUAGCGGCAGCCAUGCCUCCAGGAUGGUGGGAGGUGGAAUCGCACCAGGACUCGCCCGAUGCAUUUCUGGCGCACGAACACCUCAUCGCUCAAAUGUGGUUCUGGCAGGUCCAGUCCUUCCUUCAUCUGCCGUUUAUGCUCAAAGUCAACCCCAACCUUGGUGCGCGCAACCCGGACUUGGACAACAUCAACAACGACAACAAGGUGGAUCCGUACGAGGUGAACAAAUACCUCUGUCUGCAAGGCUGUCGCGGCAUGCUUCGAGUUUUCAACUUGCUGCGCUCCGACCCUUCCCUCGCCGUCUACAUCUGCAGCUGCGAGGACUUUCAGGGACUAUUCAGUGCGUGUAUCCUCAUGGUCGGCCUGCUGAUGCGCCUGUCAUCCUACUGUUCGCAGUCUUCUUCUCCGCUUGAGUCGUCGGAGCCCGAGGGCAUGAUGGGAAAUAUCGCCGAGGAUCUCGCCCUGAUCGAGGAGAUCAAGGAUGUCUUCCGGUACCGCGCGACCCAGCAGGGCGGCGGUAUCAGUAGACAGGGCCUCAAAGUGUUGGAGGAGUUGGGGUCUUUCUUGUACGAAGACGGCAACUGUUCCUACAGAGAUGACGUGAAGCGCCGCACCGUGGUUCUACCGUACUUUGGGGCCAUCCAUCUCGAGUUGAGGCCGCCACGAAAUCUGUGCCACAACGCCAAUGGCAAAGCUAAUGUGCCACAAAACGGUAUGAGGACGACUUCGGAAUUGAAUGAUAUAGGGGCACAGAUGGCAUCCCAGAACUCAUCUGAGCCAACAACUUCUAAGGAGCGCGGUGGAACGAUAUAUCCGGAACAGGCUGAGUCAAUGGGCUUGCCAUCAUCUAUUUGGGGUGUCGGAGUCAGUGCUGAUGCCGCUGCCGCAGCCGGUGCCAGUACAGGCCCUGUUGCAGACUAUGAUACUGACAGGGCCUUCGAAUUCUCCAUGCCUUCUGCAGAGCCGAGUUUGAACUGGGAUCGGUUCCUCUACGGCAGCGAGCUCGCUCAGAGUUGGAGCGCGGAUCUGCCUGAAUGGCCCGCUAGUAUGGACAUGCCGCCCUGA